GUAGAUGGUCUCUGGCCCCUUCAGCAGUUGCUGCUUUUGUAGCUGGAGAGAGACAGGGCCCCGCCCUUCCAGGCCAGGUGGAAAACAGCCAGAAAUGCAGGGAGCAGGUCUUGCAGAAACUCACACAGGUAGAUGGUGGGAAAAACAGAAGGGAGUAGAAAAAGAGGAAGGCCAAACAAGAGAUGGAUUGAUUCCAUAAAGGAAGCCACAGAUCUGAACAGGGUGGUUCAUAACAACUGCUCUUGGAGGUCACUGAUGCAUAGGGUCACCAUAAGUCAUAAUCGACUUGAAGGCACGUAACAAAAUUACUUAAUGCAUAUAGUUUUCCAACUGAGACUUGCAAAUGAAAAUUUUAUAAGCCUGUGUUGUUGGAGUUAUUAACAAUGUAAAAAUCAAUGAUCUAUUCCUUAAAAGGUAGUAAAAGAAUGAUCCCUUUUGGGUAGAGUGUAGCAAUUCAUCCCAGUUGACAUAGUCUUUGUGGGAAUUUCUGUUGGUGGUCUUGCAUAGCCUUUAAUGAUUAAAAGCUGUUUCAGUGUAGUGGGCCCCAGCCUGUGGAACUCCCUCCCAACUGAGACUAGACAGGCACUCUCUUGUUGAAGUCCAGGCACGUGACUAAAACAUUCUUAUUAGAGCAACUGAGACUAGACAGGCAUUUUAAGAUAGUGUUUGUUUUUAAUGAUGGUUUUGUUUUCUGUAUGGCUUUUUAUGUACAUCACUUAGAAAUUCAAAUGAUUAAGCAGUAUAUAAUGGUUUCAAAUAAAAAAUAAUACACCAAAGAUAGUAAUAGCCAUUAAAAACUGCAGAGGGAGCAGACUUGCCACUUUUUUUUUUAGUAGGUCAUCACUGUCUUUAUCAUUCUUCUAUCAGGCAAAAUUUCAAGAGGCUUUCCCAGUGACUUUCUUCAUGCUGGAAAAAGUUGUACAUGCUGGAUUUGGUUGCCACACAUCUUUUAGAAGUGCCCCAGAACCACAGUGACAAACCUUAUGGGGUUCCCUUUAGGAGGGAUAUAAAUUUAACAAUAAAAAAUAAAAUACUGGUGGCUGCUUAAGGAUUGUUGUAUGCAUCUCAUACAACAGCAUGGGACAAAAAUGGUUCUAUGUCAUUGCUGCCUGGCAAGGGAAAUAACAAUGCUGUUUUUCCCCCUCCGCUAUUAGAUCACUGUCCUUUGCUGCUUCCAUUGCUGCAGGGGCCAGAGAAUUUCCUUUUAACAAGAAGAAUUCCACUAAAGCAAUGUAGCUUUCUUCAAAGCAAUCACUUGAUAUGGUUUCAGUUUUCAGGAGCCCAUACUGAUAUUCAACAGCCCAAGGUGAACCCUCUGGUAUCUGUUUCUGAUGAGCCAGACACACUAUAUAGGAGACUGACUGUUUUGGUGAAAGGUCAUGACAGAGUUGUGUUGGAUAGUUAUGAGUAUUUCAUGGUGCUUGCUGCUAAAGAACUUGGUCUCACCCUUGAAAAAGUAGAAGAGCCUCCAAGGAAGAUAGAACGAUUCACACUUCUAAAAUCAGUGCACAUUUUCAAGAAGCACAGAGUUCAGUACGAAAUGAGGACACAUUACCGCUAUAUAGAGUUAAAGCAUUUAACUGGCAGCACAGCCAAUGUUUACUUGGAAUACAUUCAACGAAACUUACCUGAAGGGGUUGCUAUGGAAGUAAAAAAGACCAGAUUAGAAAGCCUUCCUGAACAUAUUCAGACACCUGUUUGGGACACGCUACCUCAAGUAGAAGAAUCAGCAAGUAAAUCAUAAAUGCCUAGUCUGAAGAUCCCCACCCCCCAAGCCUUUAUAAAUAGAAAUUAAUUGUAACAUUGUCAUUGUGUUAAAGAGAUCUACACUAAAUUCUGAAACUGUAACAGGCUAGUUUUUAAUGGGCUUGUUUCUUGACCAAACAGCUGUAAUUUUAUUUCUCAAAAGACAGCUCAUCUGAGAAGAGACUGAGAACAGAUGUUUGACAGAAGUGGUGUUGCCAUCAUUUGUUUUUGUAUUAUGAUAUGCUUGAACAGGUUAAAAUAAACUAGUACUAUACAUGAAA